UAUCCAUUGAAACGCCUGGCGCUUGUGUCCAUUCAGUAGCUCGCAGUGACAGAGAACGCAUCUAGGACUAGAGCAGCGGAGGACGCAGCGUUGCUUUCUCCGGGAUAGACAUCGAAGGGAAAUUAAACUACGAGGCCUUGUGCUUGCGCGAGACGUCUGCGAUCGAUAUUCGACUGGAAAUCUAGAUCGAGUCGUGUGAAAAUCGACGGCGAGAGAAGAGAGGUUAUAUAACAAGAAGACAACGUCAGUGGCUCGCGCACUCACUGGUUAGUGUGAGUCAUUGAUAAAUGCACGCAGUUGCAUGAAUGAGUAGAGCGAGUCUGCGCUUGACUCUCGAGGCAAAACCCGAGGAUUUUAACCAUCUCGACGGUGCAGAAGAGACUUUGACUUGAGAAUAUCAAUGCUACGGGCUUGAGACGUCCACGGCCUCUUGCAGCAGCGCGUCUUCUCCGCAGUUUAAGAUCUCCCGGUAGCGCACCGUAUUUCACUAAUGCUUGAUAAGUUCAAACCCGUGCAGUUCGAUUCGGUCAUGGCCAUAAGCAAGACUGUAGAGUGGAUGAAGGAGCAGCUGGAGACGCGCAGGGACUGCUUGCUCGUUAUGGACUGCCGAGCGCAAGGGCUCUACGAAUCGUCGCACGUCGAAACGGCCAUUAACGUGGCCAUCCCGAGCCUCAUGCUCCGGCGACUCAAGAAGGGCAACCUGCCCAUCAAGUCUCUGCUUUCCAACGGGGAAGACAGGGAGAGGUUCGCGCGGAGGUGCAAGACGGACACUAUCGUGUUGUACGACGAGUACAGCCGAGAGUGGAAUGAAAACAUCGACGGCGGCUCCGUGUUGGGUUUACUGCUGAGGAGAAUGAAGGACGAGGGCUACAAGGCUUUCUAUCUUGAGGGUGGCUUCAGCAAAUUUCAAGCUGAAUUCCCCACUAUGUGUGAGACGAACCUCGACGGUUCCUCCAGCAGCAGUUCACCGACCUCCCAGGUUCUGGGUCUCGGAGGGCUUCGGAUCAGCUCUGACUCCUCGGACAUCGAGUCAGACAUCGACCGUGACCCAAGCAGCGCCACCGACUCGGACGGCAGCCCUCUUUCCAACCCCCAGCCCUCGUUCCCUGUGGAGAUCCUGCCGCAUCUGUAUCUGGGCUGCGCGAAGGACUCCACAAACCUGGAUAUACUGGAGGAGUUUGGCAUCAAGUACAUCUUGAACGUGACCCCUAAUCUUCCUAACAUGUUCGAGAACGCCGGGGAGUUUAAGUACAAGCAGAUUCCCAUCUCCGAUCACUGGAGCCAGAAUCUCUCUCAGUUUUUCCCAGAAGCCAUCAGCUUUAUUGAUGAGGCCCGUGGACAGAAAUGUGGCGUUCUCGUUCACUGCCUGGCCGGUAUUAGCCGUUCCGUCACAGUAACGGUGGCGUACCUCAUGCAGAAGCUCAACCUGUCCAUGAACGAUGCGUACGACAUAGUCAAGAUGAAGAAGUCUAACAUCUCGCCCAAUUUUAACUUCAUGGGCCAACUUUUGGACUUUGAGCGUACUUUGGGACUCAAGAGCCCGUGCGACAACCGAGUAGCAGCUCCGACCCAACCGUUGUACUUCACCACUCCGACCAAUCACAACGUUUUCCAGUUGGACCCUCUCGAGUCCACGUGAGGUCCUGCCCUGACCUGAAUUGACCGUGCAUUUCUUUGUUUCGACACCUGUCGAGGGGUUCCUGACGUUAUUGAUGUUGGCUUGAGACGACAGCCGACCAGAGUAGCCACUGAUGGGGCAUGCGGUUGCCCAGAGCUUCUACGAUGCUGUUUAACGGAGAGAGAUCAUGUGACUCUAUAUCUCCAAGACUCUUUAAAGUAGUACGUUUUAUAUAAAUAUCCAUAUAUAUACAUAUUCAAGCAUGGAAAAGACUGUCGAAAAUGGAAAGAACAUUUGAUAUAUUGGGGCUGGUGUGCCAAAGAGACUUGACUGGAACUGAACAAUUACAAAUACUCCAUUUGUUUUGUUUAGCACUUGCACCUUAACAUUUUUUUUAGGUGUGCUCUUUUUGUCUUCAAUGAAGACUUGCCUGUUUUUGGGACGAGACUCCCCUUCGGUAAUGAUGGCAGAGUGUACUGUACUCCAACUUAUUUGUGUGGAGAAGUUUUUAAAACAUUUAUACAUGUGUAUAUUAAGAUGUUGGUAAGCCUUGCAGUAGUUAGAAUAUAGCCGUUUUAAAGGAAUGGCUGUAGAUUUUUCUUCUCUUUUUCAUCCUCUUUAUGUAAACAAUCUGAAUAUCGCUCAAUAUUAUCUUUAUCGACGAGUUAAAUGCCAAAAAUUUGAACCGGUUUUUGCAAUGUGUAUAUGUAUAAUAUAUUUCCAGUUUUGCUUUACGGAUCGAUUCCGCCUUUCCCAGCCUUUUAAUCACCAUCACAGAUCAAAGUUGUCAUCCUCCUGCCUUAGUUCUGUACAUAAGAGUCUUAUUGUGUGGUAACCUUUCAGAGCAGUUCCCAUAAGCUGUUUCUUUUCACCACUUCUCUUUUAAUGGACCCAACCAUACGAGCUUGCACGUUAAGAAGGAUCAUCCAAACUUUUAAAUGUACGAGGCAUUCCUCGAAUGCUAUUCAGUUGGGUUUCAGAUGCAUGCCCAUUUAGGACCCAUACGCCUUUAUACUACUCGUUUUUUGUAAUUUUUCUGCGACAUCAAAGGGUUGAAGCAAGUAACGUUGAUUUUUUUUGUGUGUGCAAGGAUUUGAGGUCUGUGUUGACAAAGCUGGGAGAACGUUGCGUGUCUCCAGUUCAGGGAAGUUCUGUGACAUGCAGUUUUUUUUUGUGAGAAAAGUGAUGGUUUUCAUGAGGGUUUUGUUGCCCUUCAAAGCAAAGGCCUGAUUGGGGAGAGGGGCUUUUACAAAACCACUCCCCCCCAAUUUUACGAAUGUAAAGAAAUGAUAAGUUAUUAAUAAAUUGCUAUUUUGUCUAUUCAAAUCUA